CUCUGCUCAUUAUCCAGUUUCUGUGGCCAUGGAAAUUCCUCCCUUGCUUUCUCUCUCUCUCCUCUCCUUCCUCUCACUCUUCCAACUCAAAGCUUUCUCUCUCUACCCCCCAAAUAAUCGAUGGCCAUCGCAGCCCCAAACAUCACCUCAGGAUUCCUCGCCAUCCCCUCUCCUCCCCAUCACCGCUCGCUGCUGCUCCCAUUGGGCCGGCCCAGACCCGUAAGUUUUUCACCCGCUAUCUCGCUCCGUUUGAAAACGGUUUGUAAGGCCACUGAAGUGUCGGUGGCGGAGGAGUCACGUGAGUUGGGGAAGAAGUGGGUCCCGGUGGUGCCGUUGACGGCGCUGCCGAGGGGAGAGCGGCGGGUGAUAAUUCAAGACGGGGAGACUAUACUGCUUUUGUGGUAUAAAGAUGAGGUUUUCGCGAUUGAGAACAAGUCACCUGCUGAGGGGGCUUACAGUGAAGGAUUGCUCAAUGCCAAGCUUACUCAGGAUGGCUGUAUCGUCUGCCCAACAACUGAUAGCACAUUUGAUCUUAGAACUGGCUCCAUCAAGGAAUGGUAUCCAAAGAAUCCUGUGCUGAGAGUUCUCACGCCUGCUUUGAGGGAUCUGUUCAUUUAUCCAGUGAAGACUGAUGACGAGAAUAUAUACAUCAGCAUAAAAGGAGGUGCAAUAGCUGAUGCAUCCGCAGAAAUCGUCUUCAGCGGAAGGGCUCAGCCUGGCAUAACUGCAAGUGAUGUCAAUGUUGAUGAGGUGAGGAUGGUGGUUGAUGAGGAUCAAGAGGGGUUUGGUUUCACGCAGAAGAAUGAAUUGAUAAAUGGAAAGGCUGCUGUAAUCGGCUUCCUGUUGCUGUUGGAUUUUGAGCUAUUAACUGGUAAAGGUCUACUCAAAGGAACAGGUUUCUUGGACUUCAUUUACUCUGCUACAAAUGCUUUCAACUAGACUCCAAUUUCUUCUUUGUGCAAUGACAGAGAAAUCGUGAUCGCAGAUGACAUAUUUUCUAGUCAGAAAACAUUUCGUUUCCUUGUUUUAUCUUUUCCGUUCAUAAUUUUCAAAUGCUUUAAGUUAUUCAUGUUGCUUCUAUCACCUUAAUCUUGUACACUUUUUCUUUCCUUCUUUUUCACAUAUGCUGUAUGCCAAAAGGAGCAGGGUCACAGCUGUUUGAAACUGUGUGAUUUCAUUGAGCUGUAUAUAUGAGAAGUACCAUAUGCACUAAUAUGUUUCUUUCAACAA